UUCAAGACGUGGUAGAAUAGAAAACCAUCAAACUAUACUUCACACACUAGCUAGCGGCCUUGACCCUCGUCGAAAUGAGUCGAAGUGGACCGAAUCCUUUAUCCAGGGCUUCAAGCUUUGCUAGUGUACUUCAAAAGAAUGUUAAUGGACAGACUGGACACAAUAUGCUCUCAAGUGUACCCCAAACCAAUGUCACCUCUGAGGGGUUUUCACGAGACCGCUAUCCUGCUAAGUCAAAAAUUGGGGUUCCUGAGCUAGUAGCGAGAUAUAAAAGAGGACAAACAAAUCCCAUAUCAGCAUUGCACCAGUUGUCACAGGUGCUUGGCUUUCAGCUGGAUUUGAAAGAAACAGUCACCACAGGUAAUGUCACAACUCUCUAUUUCGCAUACUGUGCCGUGAUUGAUGAUGUGGAAUACAAGACGGGUAUGGGAGUGAAUAAGAAGGAGGCAAAGGCAAAAGCUGCUCAGCUUGCAUUGCAGGACUUCAUACCCAUGUUAGAAAACCAAGGAGUACUCAAUGGUGGUGUUGGAAGAGUACCAGGGCCUCCCCCCUUACCUGUGAAAGAACCUCAACCUGUCACUUCAGAGGCACAUUCAGGGAUGUUGGUCCAUGAGAGGAAGAAGAAUCCUUUGGAAGAGCACAUUCGAAAUGCUGUGAAGGAGUCCACCACAAAAUUGCUGGACAUGUGCCCUGAGUUUUCAGGUUGUGGGAGCACAGUGGCUGCAUUUGUAGCCCAGUCAUCUUCAGGCUAUGAGGUGGUGGCCUUGGGAACUGGCAGUUACAACACAAAAGAAAGCAUCACAUCAAAUGGGCGAAUCCUGCAUGAUUCCCAUGCAGUUGUAACAGCACGUCGAUCUCUACUGAGGUAUCUCUACAGGCACCUGCUGCUCUUCUACAGCAAAAAUAGCCAUCUGCAGGAGAAGUCGAUUUUCCAACAAGAUGAGAAGACCAAGUUGCUCAGCCUAAAGAGUGACGUCAAACUGCAUCUGUACAUGAACCAGCUUCCCAAAGGAGCCGCUCAAAUCCCACCACACCUACGGCUGAAUCCACUGUCAAUGUCUGCGUGGGAAGUAAACAAUCAGAUCAGCCUACAUGUGACCAUUGAGGGGAAGGUCUUCUCUGUCUUCUCCUCCACAGUUGACCAGAUCUCCUCUAAGGUGGUUAGUAUGUCCACCACAGACAAGAUCACCCAGUGGCAAGUUCUGGGCUUCCAAGGGUCUCUCCUUAGUCACUUCAUGGAGCCAGUUUAUGUCAGCAGCAUUCUCAUAGGGGAUGAGAGUUGCAGCAACCCUCGGGGCAUGGAGAUUGCUGUGAACCAGCGUGUGGAUGGCAUUACCACGAAGCUGCCAAUUUACUACUGUGUCCACCGACCUCAUAUCAGCCUGGUCGCCAACAUCACAUCCUCUGGUUGGCCCUCUGCUCAGCGCGCGCUCAGCAUAAACUGGAGUCAAGGAGACGUCUCCCUGGAAGUGGUCAAUGGUCUCGAGGGCAAAACCGUCGAGGAAUCUCCUUUUAAGAGUGGCCCGGCUCUGGCCAGCCGUCUGUGCAAAGCCGCCAUGUUGAGUCGCUUCAACUUAGUGGCUAAAGAGGCACAGAGAAAUGACCUUGUUUGUGCUGCGUCCUACAGGGAGGCCAAGAUGAUGGCAAAACCUUAUCAGGAGGCCAAGAGUGUCUUCAAGUCAUACUUGGCUCAAAAGGGCUUUGGAUCAUGGGUGGAGAAACCUUCUGUCAGCGAGCACUUCAGCAUGUGAGAUCUCUACAUUUCAUGCAAAAAGCAUUAUGGUCCAAACAUGUUUCUAGUUUACAUUAUUUUGUGUGAAGAUCCACACAAAACAGGAACACUAUAGAACCUACAGUAAGGCGUAGGAGAGGUUUGCUGUCCUUUUUCUCAGGGAAAUACUUCUGAAACGCACUAUGUAUGUAUUUUGUUCCGUUUUUGACGAGGUUUUGUUUAAUUGAAAUAACUGUUUUAGCACUGGUUUUCUUUGUACUUGAUCAUUUAUUUGUUUGGGGCUUAUAUUCCCUGUUCAUUCUGUUCUUUGCCAUUUUCUAUCCUAGUUUAAUCACAGAAUUUAAACAGUUCAGAUCUAAAGUGCCCUUACUAUUGACUGUGAUGUUAACGUUUGCUGUAGGAAGAAAUGGGGGGAAAUGGUUUUCAAAAUACUGUCUACAAGAUGAUGCAAAUUUGUGUUGUUGUAUUUUUGACUUGUAGUAAGUAAUUGGCAGGAGGCCCAGCAAAUUGUCUGAGCUCAUCUAGGGUAUCCUGUCAAUGUUUUUUUUUUUUUUCUGUUGAAGGUUACUACAGAUAGGUGUUGCUUCAAAAGCAAUAGCAGCAACAAAAAUAUUUUAAUUUCUUUCGAUAUUUAUUUUUAUAUAUAU